AUGAGGCUGCCGACACUCCCUUUUCUGGCACUCUCAUGGGGGGGACUCGCGGCAGACGCAUCCCCUCCCUCCCGGGCCCAGCUCACAGCCCGGACGACAACGGGGACGUACAUCGGCAUGCAGAACCCGGAAUACGGCAGCGUGCGCGAGUUCCGCAACAUCCCCUACGCGCUCCCGCCGACGGGCAGGCGGCGGUGGCGGCCACCGGUGGCGGUGCCGCCCUCGCGGGGCGGCAGCCACCGCUUCUCGCGGCGGUUCCCGCCACCGUGCGCGCAGUUCCUGUCGGGGCAGGAGUCGCUGUGGAACGCCAACAUGACCGACUUCCAGCUCCGGGUGGGCGAGGGCCAGGCCUAUACGGCCGGGGCCAGCGCCCAGACGUCGUCCGAGGACUGCCUGUCGCUGGCCGUGUGGACGCCGGCCGACGUGCGGGCCGACGCGGCGCUGCCCGUGAUCCUCUUCAUCCCCGGCGGCAGCUACACCGUGGGCGGCAUCGACAUCCCCUACCAGAACCCGGCGCCGUGGGUGGCGCGGUCGGGGGCGCACAUAGCCGUCGUGGCCCAGUACCGCCUCGGCGUCUACGGCUACCCCAACGCGGCGGGGCUGGCAGGCGACGCGGACGGCGCCAACAACGCGGGCGUGCUCGACGUCCACGCAGCGCUGGGGUGGGUGUACGCCAACGUCGCGGCCUUUGGCGGGGAUCGGGACAGGAUCACGCUCUGGGGCCACAGCGCGGGCGGCGUGUUGGCCGACAUGGCCGGGUUCGCGUUCCCCGACGACUUUGUCGCCGCGGGACUGUUCCUCAUGUCGGGCACCGGCAUGUACAUCCCGGGCACCAGCGACCCAGAUCACACAAACUUCACCUUUGUGGCGCGCCGCGUGGGCUGCGACUUUGCCGGCGAGGACGACGACGGCGGCGCGGCCGAGCUCGAGUGCAUGCGCCAGGUGCCGGAAACGCUGCUGACCAACGUGGUCGGGCGGUACGGCGACCAGCGCACCGAGCCGGGGCUCAACUUCAAGCCACGGGCAGACGAGGUGGUGGUGUUUUCCAACCCCAUGGCGCGGGCGGCGGCGGGGAGGCUGCCGCGGGUGCCGGCGCUCGUGUCGACGACGGCCAACGAGCAGGCGUCGCGGAUACGCUACCCCAAGGAAAACGUGGCCAAGGGGCCCGACCAGGCCGAGGUGGACAAGGGCACGGUGGGCUUCAACUGCGUGGUCAGCAACACGACCGACGCGCGCGCGCGCGCCGGCCUGCCCACCUACCGGUACCAGUUCGCGGGCAACUACACGGGCAGCCUGGGCCCGCUGCCGUGGAUGGGCGCCUACCACGGCAUCGACCUGCCGCUGCUGUUUGGCACGUACGCGCGCCGGCUCGGCGGCCUGGGCCCGGACGACGCGGCCGAGCUGACGCGGGUGAGCGAGGCCAUGCAGGACUAUGUUUUGGCCUUCAUCUCGGACCCGGUUGACGGGCUGCGCAAACGUGGGUGGCUGCCGCAGACGACGCCGGCGAUGGAGGGUGGGCCCAUGAUGCGGUUCGCGUGGAGGGGGAGGACGGCGGUGAAUAUCAGCUCGAGCGAGGUGGACGAUUCGUGUCUGCGUGGAGUGCCUUGGAAUGCCAAUCCGUAA